GCUAAGGGCUCCGGGAGUGUUUCCCAUUUAAACAAACAGUGCCGAAGAUGGCGGAGAGUUAAUGGUGUAAAGAAGAAAUUAUCGAUCCGGGAGGGAGAUAACGCUUUUCUCCAGAGUCAAUUGAUCAACCCAGAUAGGAGAACACCCCCAGAGUGAGGGGAGGGGGCCAUCUGACCGUCUGUCAUCUUGGCGCCAUCACAAGGUGCUGAUAUGUGCACACUAUGAGCGGACUGGGGGACAACUCCAUGGAGCCUCUGAGCUCGGAAAACCGCAAACGCAAACUGUCCACUUGCGACACGUCUGGUCUGGGGUGUGAGAGGAAGCGUCGGGAGCAGGAGAGCAAGUACAUCGAGGAGCUGGCCGAGCUGAUCUCGGCCAACCUCAGCGACAUCGACAGCUUCAACGUCAAACCGGACAAAUGUGCCAUCCUCAAAGAGACGGUGCGCCAGAUCCGCCAGAUCAAGGAGCAAGGAAAAGCUUCAUCCAACGAUGACGACGUCCAGAAAUCAGACGUGUCGUCAACCGGUCAGGGGGUCAUUGACAAGGACCACCUUGGGCCGCUUCUACUGCAGGCUCUGGACGGCUUUCUGUUUGUGGUGAACCGGGAGGGCAGCAUCGUGUUCGUGUCCGACAACGUCACCCAGUACCUACAGUACAAGCAGGAAGAGCUCAUCAACACCAGCGUGUACAACAUCCUGCAUGAGGAGGACCGCGAGGAAUUUCACAAGAACCUGCCCAGGACCAACAUAAAUGGCGUGUCGUGGGGGAAUGAGGCGACUCGACAGAAGAGUCACACUUUCACCUGCCGGAUGCUGGUCAAAUUUGGCCACGCCCACGGCCCAAUGGAGGAGGGGCCAGGAGGACCGCGCUACGAGACAAUGCAGUGUUUUGCUCUCACACAGCCCAAAGCCAUGAUCGAAGAGGGAGAAGACCUUCAGUCAUGUAUGAUCUGCGUGGCCCGUCGGGUCACAGCCGUGGAGCGGACCGAGAGUUUCAACACCCGACAUGAGCUGUCAGGUAAACUGAUUCAGAUCGACCAGAGCUCCCUGCGAGCGUCCAUGCGUCCAGGCUGGGAAGAUUUGUUGCGGCGCUGCAUCCAGAUGUUCCUUCAGCACAGCGACGGGCAGCCGUGGUCGCACAAGCGGCACUAUCACGAGGCUUUUCUCCAGGGUCAUGCCGAGACACCCCUGUACCGCUUCUCCCUGUCUGACGGCACCCCAGUAACAGCCCAGACCAAGAGCAAGCUGUACCGACACCCCAUGAGUAACGAGCCGCAAGGAUUCAUCUCCACUCACCUGCUGCAGAGGGAACCCAAUGGUUACCGCUCGGCACCAGGCGGCAACAUGAUGCCCAACAACAUGAGGCAUCAAGGGAUGGGUAACGCCAACAUGAACCCCCAGAUGAACGUGAAUGCAGGCGGCGGGAUGGGGAUGGGAGGAAUGGGGGGCAUGAACCGGGGCUUCGGCAUGAGCGAGCAGAGCCACAUGGGCCACAUGGGUCCGAUGGGAGGCGGCUCUGUGUACGGAGGGAACGGCGGAGGAGGAAGUGGUGGCGGAGGCCUGGGCAGCCGCAUGAUGCAGAUGAAUCAGAUGAACCAGAUGAAUCAGGUGGGGCACAUGAAUCAGAUGAGUCAGAUGGGUCCCAUGAAUCACCCCGGGCCGGGCAUGCAGCAGCACCCGCAGCAGCAGCCCCCGUUCCAGAGCGCCGGAGGCUUCGGGCUCAGUGGGAUGAACAGUCCGUCAGGGAGCCCCAGGAUGGGCGGCCCCCAGCCAGGACUGCUGAUGUCCCCCCGGAACCGGGGAAGCCCAAAGAUGGGGGCCAACCAGUUCUCACCUGGAGGAAUGCACUCUCCUAUGAGCGGCCUCGGCGGUGGAGGAGCAGCCGGAGGCAACACCUGCACCUUCUCCAGCAGCUCUCUGAACGCUCUCCAAGCCAUCAGCGAGGGAGUCGGGAGCUCGCUCCCCUCCACUCUGACGUCCCCCUCAGCAGCCCACAAACCAGACAGCUCUCCCAGCAUCCAUUCCUCCUCCCAGCCCAGUCAUCAAGCUAAACCAGGACAAGAUGGCUCCAAAAGUCCGGCUGGGGGCUUGGGGCCUGGACCCGGAGACCACCACCUCCCGGUGCACCACCACCAUCAUCAGCAUCCUCAGGCGGAGAGUUCUGCAGAGCGACCGGACAGCCAGGCAGCUACAGCAGCUAAAGAGUGUGGAGAAGCAAGCGGCGAGGCGGGGAUGGCGGGCGCAGACCCCCCUCGGAGGCUGCCGGACAGCAAAGGACACAAGAAGUUGCUGCAGCUGUUGACUUCCCCAACCGAGGAGCUGGGGAUCAGUGGAAGCGGACCUACGGGGCCCGCUGGACCUCCUCCACCAAACAGCAGCGGCGCUUCAGCGGGGUCAGACAGCAAAGAAGCCACUGGCGGGAUGACCAGCCCUUCCUCCACAGGGGUCUCCUCCUCCUCAGCCAGCGGCGGCGCGGGGCUGGCGCCCGGCCAGGGCGGCGCAUCGGCCUCAGCUCACUAUACCGGGUCGCUGCAGGAGAAGCACAAAAUUCUCCACAAGCUUCUUCAGAACGGCAACACUCCGGAUGAAGUCGCUAAGAUCACAGCAGAGGCGACGGGGAAAGUGACGCUCGGAGGCCAGGAGGGUGGCGAAGGUGCAGCUGGAAGCUCGGCGGCCGGGUCGGGCCCUGGGUUGAUCGCGGACCCCAAACAGGAGCAGCACAGCCCGAAGAAGGAGAAGACCCACGCUCUCCUCCACUAUCUCCUCAACAAGGACGACUCCAAAGAACAAACAGACGUGAAGCCCAAACUUGAAGAUCUAGAAGGGAAAUGUCUUCCUGGAGCCGGCGGCGGCGGCCCUGCGGCGGAGCAUGCUGAGAGCAAGAUCAAAUCAGAACCUCCUGAUGAUUUGCACAACCUGGAGUCUAUUCUGGGUGAUCUCAGGGGUUCAAGCUCCGACUUUUACCCUGAUCAGACUGGAGGUGCCGGGGCAAACAACACAGGAAACAAACCACAGGGGUGCCUUGAUGACGGCCUGCAGGGGAGUCCAGUAAUGGGUCCAGGACCUCGAGGGCCCUUCCAGAGGACCAUGUCCUUGGAUGGGAAGCCACUGGGCGGGCCUGGAGGGGCUGUAAGACGUCCGAUGCUCAUCAAGCAGGAGAACAUGAUGGGCAGCCCAGACAGCUUCCCAGGAAACAUGGGGCCAAUGAAUAGAGGCGCAGGCCCCCAGAGGUCUCCCAUGGGGGGUUCUGGGGACUGGAAGCCUCGUUCCAGCAUCAGCCCUGUGAGUUCAGCAGGACAUCCAUCCAUGAUGCGCCCAGGCAUGGAGUACAACAAUGGGAAGAGCGUGAUGUCAGGACCCAUGGUCAGCCGCUCCAACAGCGUGCCGGGCAACAGGUCGAUGCUGCAGCAGCAGCUCAUGGAUAUGGGAGGUUCUUCUGAUAUGGGCAUGGGUAUGAGUCCCUUCAGCCAGCAGGGCCAGCCCAGCCAGUCCCCAUCCUGGCAUGAACCCAUGAUGAACAUGGAGGGAAACAGACGCCAGUUUGGCAACCCCUUAGAUGAUCUUCUGGUUCCUCCCACCACCAGUGAGGGUCAGAGCGAUGAGAGGGCGCUUCUAGACCAGCUGGAUUCGCUGCUGAACAACACCGACGGCAUCGCUCUGGAGGAGAUAGACCGAGCUCUUGGUAUCCCAGACCUUGUCAGCCAGACCCAGGGAGCAGAGCAGCAGCUGGAGCAUUUUGGAGGACAGGACCCAUCCAUGCUGCUUGACCAAAAGCCUCUGUAUGGAGCAGGCUAUCCCGGACCCCCUGCUAUGCCGAUGCAGUCUGGCUACGGAGGGAACCCCAUGCAGGGGCAGGGCCAGCAGGCCGGGUUUGGACCCAUGCUCUCACCGAUGGGCCAAGGCGGGAGCUUUCCCGGUAUGGGUGGGAUGGGCGGCAUGGGGCAUCCUCGAGCCAACAUGAUGCGACCCAGGAUGAUGAACGCCAACAAGCCCAUGAGGUUGCAGCUGCAGCAGCGGCUCCAGGGACAGCAGUUUAUGAAUCAGACACGGCAGGGCAUGGCGAUGAAGAUGGAGAACCCAGGAGGGAACCCUGGCAUGAGGCCUGGCAUGCAGCCUGGCAUGGGAGGACAGCAGGGCUUCCUAAAUGCUCAGAUGAUGGUUCAGCGUAACAGAGACGUUGUCAACUUGCACAUGAGGAGGCAGCGCAUGAUGAUGCUGAUGCAGCAGCAACAGCAGCAGGCAGCAGCAGCCGCUGCAGCAGCUGCAGGGGGGUUCAGUCCGCCUCCUAACGUCACGGCUCCAGGGGGCAUGGACAACCCCAUGGGGGGGCCAAACAUGGGCCAGCCGGGACCGCAGCAGUUUGGCUACGGUGGGAGCUAUGGCGUGACCCAGCAAGGUGACCCCUCUUUUGGCCCAUCAGGUGGAAGUCCGCCCAAUGCCAUGAUGCCAGGCCGCAUGGGGCCUCAAAACCCCAUGAUGCAACAGCACUCACAGGGGGGGCCUAUGUACCCAGGAGCUGAUAUGAAAGGCUGGUCACAGGGCGGCAUGGGACGCAACAGUUCAUACCCUCAGCAGCAGUUUGGGCCGCAGGCAUCGCUUGGUCAGCAGCAGUUCGGACAGCAGGGAAAUCCCGGGCAAUACGGAGGCAUGAUGAUGAACGGCGGCAUGCCGGCCAGCGGAGGAGGCGGUCACAUGGGACAGAUGGGGAUGAACCCAAUGGUGAUGGGGCGCAUGCCUAUGGGGCCUGAUCAGAAAUACUGCUGAUGAACGCGCCAGAAGCUUUUGUCUCACUGUGAUCUCCACCCAGAUUUGGCAGACGGCUUCUGAGCUGCAGUGUGUGUGGAAAUAAACCUGGCGUGUUAUGAUCCUCCGUGUAGCGCCACAUUCCCACCAGACGGGGGAGUGAACUUCCCUCUGGAAUGAUGGCCAGUAAUGUCAGUCUCACCGCCGGAGGAAAAACAAGACAGACUGUCACAUGAAAACACACAGCCUUCCUAAAAAUCUGACAAACUGUUUAUCCAUCAUGCACAGAGAGACGGACAUGAAUUUAAUGUUCCUCCCUUCCUGAGCAGCCAGUGUUCCUCUGUAUAUCCUUUCAUUGGACCAAACGGUGAAGCUACAUUAUAUGGACAAAUGUAUUUAAACAGCCUCUGUUUUGUCGAAUGUAUCAUGAAGCUAUAUUCAGAUGUAAAAAUGUCGAUUCUGAACUUUCCAUCCGCCAUCGCACUGCUGCUCCCGUAGGAUCCCUGCAGACACGACCAGCAGCUAAAGAGCCGUCGGGUUGUGGCGCUCACAUGAAUGUUAUUAAGAAGUAGCACAUCGUCUCGUCGUCCAGGAUGCCGCUGAGUAGGAUCGAACUAACCCGUUGGCUCGUUGCACUUUAAGGAAAGCCAACAUCAAACAGAUUGUGGCAAUUUAGAGGCCUUUAUUCAUGAAUUACUAAAUAGCCUCAGAAAUUUCCUCUUUUUUUUCCAUUUACAUUCUUUAAGAUUGGGUAAACUUUGCAGGUUUUGCUCCUCAGUGGGAACCAGAGAAGAGUUAUGUUUAUAAGAAGAUGAAUUAAGAUUUUAAAAUUGCUCCUAAAAGGGUAACUUUCCUAAUGUUUUAGAGAUUUUUGAAGUAAUCUUUUUGCAAUUUAAUUAUUACUAUAAAUCGAGAUAUUCCUUGACAAGUUUAAACCACUUCAUGGCAACCAUGCCGUUUCCUCCGCAGCUCAUACAAAAUGUGGAUCCAUCCUUGAGGUUCCUUCUAGAAAUAUUAAAAAAUUCAAACUGCACAUUCAUCUAAUAAAGAUGCACAAAAACCCCAGACUGUUUUACACCUCACCAAGACAAAUUAGUGGUGAGCCAGUCAGAAGCUAAAAUCUGAUCUUUUAAAGUUGUAAUGAUAAAAAAGAAAGUUCAGAGCUGCAAAUCCAGUCCAGGUUGUUACUAUAAACUAAGCUAAUUAUCUUCACAGAAGUUAGAUCCACUCGCACUACAAAACAAAGUGCUAGAUGAUCGUAUUGGACUCAAAUAUCGAGCAAUAAUCCUUCCUCCCGGUUUCCCUCUGAGGACAACACUGACACAUUGUUCACCCAAAGAUUGGUACCGCAGUAUUUAGCUCGAUGUCUUGUUUGGAACAUUUUAUUCCUCUUCUUUUCUGUAAAUAUGAUCUGUAAAUAUGCUUCAAAUGUACUAUAUAUAAAUAUAUUUAUGCUUUUCUAGCUCACAUACUGUUUUUUGCACAGAUUGUAAGGCUUGAUAUUUAAAGGUGUAAUUUUCUUAUUCUGUCAUAGGUCAGUUCUUCUUUUCGAUACAUUAAUUGAGAGGAAAACGGCUGUUUUUUGGUAGCAGUACAUGUAUAUUUCUUUGAUAUACUGCCAUUUUCACGCUGUCUGGAAGCACUUUUUUUAUUUCUAAUCCUUAAAUCAUGAACCUCUUCCUAUUUUCCUAGAAUGUAGUCCGAAAGCAUACAGGUGCUAGUAGGUUGUUACGCUUUUUUAAAUAAGUUAUUUUUCUUUUUUAAAAAUAAGAAUAAAAAAAAAAAGAAAUAUGUCUAUACAGCAAAAGAAGUGACACAUGAUUGUGUUGUUCUGUGGGCCCAGAUCUCUUGCCAGUCAAUCCUCUCCUAAGGUGCUUCAAAAAUCCGUUUGCAGACAUUUGGUAGUUUUAACUCAAAUUCAGGCUACAAAAGGAGGAAUUUAGAUCAUAAUUUUAUCCAUAAUUCUCUUGUUUUUUUGUCCUGUGGAGGUUUUUGUUGAGAAAUCUACCUUUGAAUACACGCUCAGUCCAAAGAUUUCUGUUUGUCAUCCUGCAGUGUAUAGAAACAGCUCAGUAGAUUGUGUGUGUGUGUUAUUUUUACUGUUGCAUAUAAUGUAAGGGGAGCAAAAGUUGGAUUCCGUAUAAAAUACUCUGAUCUAGUUGAAAUAGAGUAGAGAGGUCGUCCGGUUCUGCUGAGGUGGUAUAAAUCUUUUUCUUUCUGUGAACCUUACAGCCAGUUGAUUUUUAUGUGGUGCUUACAUUCAUCAAGAAUGUCCCUUUGAGUUGGAGAAGAGGUUUUAUUCAUGAUUUGUGUUAUUUUUAUGUCAAAACAACUGGAAUUGGCUGGAAUUGAGAAAAAAUAAAUAUUAAAAACAGGGAAUGUUGCUCUUCUUUUGACGUCGCGGGAGCAAAUCUGGAAAACACACGAUCAUGAUCACAGGAUGUAAAAUACUGUUGGGUUUUGUUUUCUUACCUUGUUUCUUGAUGUUAAUAUUGAUGUAAAUACAAAUUUAUAUUUAAACAUUAAAA